UUUAUUUGAUUUUGACAUGAUUUUGACGUCAAUAAAUUUUAUUACGUAAAUUUUGAAUUUUGAUGUUUUUGGUACUGCCUCUGUUUCAUUUUCACCUAUCGAACGAAUUUCCUCAGUUCUCUAAGCGCAAGUUCGACGGUUGGGACGAUUGGUUAGCUAAAUUCGGAUGAGACAGUGUCCAAAAUUAGAUUGAAUCGUCUGAAUAAUUGCCAAACGUCAAACGUUUUGUUCUGCUUGAAGUGAAGGCAUAGGAGGACUACGCCUUCAAAAUGAAACUUUUAUUGUUGUGUGCCUUAUUUUUCAUUUUUAAAACUGCAGCAUCACAAACAGCUUCAAUUGAUGCUUUUUAUACUUCACCUGAAACAAAAUCUGUGAUUUUCGCUGUCAAGAAGGAACUAAAAAUUACUUGCAAUGUAACAACUUCAGAAAAUGCUGAUAAUAUUGGUGUAGAAUGGAGAAAGGAAGGUAAAUUAUUGAGCGAGGUGGACAAUUUGAAAAAUCGAUUUACACUUUUGACACAGGGAAGUAACCACACUUUAAAAGUGACUGAAACAACCAAUCAUGAUGCUGGUAACUGGUCAUGUGGUGUUUUGGUAAAAGGAGCUGUUCAAGACACUGAAAAUAUAUUUGUAGCAACAACUAUUGCUGUAAAAAUCAAGACUGAAAAUAUAAAUGUAGUAGAAGAGGAAAAACUGAGAAUUGAAUGUAGUGUUUUGGGUCACCCAUAUCCCCAGUUGUCUUGGAAAAUUGAGACCGGUUACUACAAUGGUUCAGUGAGCACAAGCGAUGAAAGAAUCACUGUUGAAGACUAUGUUGAUGAAAGUGGAAAUACUGUCGAAGAUGGGGCGCUGCUCAUUGAGAAAGUUGACAAAGUUGAUAGGGGUUUAUAUUAUUGUAUUGCCCAGAACAAAUAUUAUUCUCAAGAUUUGGGAGAAUCAACAAGUAUGGUGCGAGUUAAAGACAAAUAUGCUGCUUUAUGGCCAUUCCUGGGUAUCUGUGCUGAAGUUAUAGUUUUAUGUGCUGUCAUAAUCAUCUAUGAGAAGAAAAGAAACAAAACUGAACUGGAAGAAAGUGACACAGAUCAAAGUCCAGACCAGAAAAACACUCCUGAUCAUGGAAAAGAAGCAAACUUAAGACACAGACAAUAAGCACAAGUGAAUGCUUACAGUUUGCCUUCAACAUUUUGGAUUUUUCAAAAUUCUAUAGAGUAUUUUAGAUGUAAACACUGACCUAUACAAAUAGUGCUAUCAGUAACUUAAGAAACAACAGUUUAAAAAUAUAUCCUGCCUUCCACAAGUGGUAAAUUUCAUAUUUGAGGCAUUAUUAUUUAAUUUUCGUUGUAUCUAUGGCAGUAUGCCCAUUCGGGAUUACUCAUUUGUGUUAUUUAACUUUGUAUAUAGAUAAGAAGCAAAUACAAUGGUUAAUCUGAAUUAUUAAAUAAUUACUAGUUUUAGGAUUACUGUUAUUCAGCUUUGAAAUUGUUUAGUUUGUUAAAUGAUGUCAAUAAAGUUCUUUAUUAUGUCAUUAA